AUGUUCUCACCUCUCGGCCUCUUCCAUUCUCUCCCUUGUCCAAAUAAAUCGCAAUGCAGGAGAAAAAACUGUCUGUUCUCCCACAAGUCAGGCGUCGUUGAGAAUCCCGUUUCUAUUCCGUAUGACACCCCACAGCCUGUCGCCUCAUCCUCUGCCCUUGCAUCGCGUUCCAGCGUCCCAGCCAAGCGCCCUGCUGCCUCGUCUCCCACCCAUGCGCUGUCAUCUGCGAAUGCUGCAUCUUCUCUACAUCCACAACGGAAGCUUCAGAAGGUUGGGACCACGCAGAAACCGCUCGCUCUCCCCACCGCGUCGCGUACACCCACAGGCGUGCCUGUGCUCAGAGUCAAUGCAGCACAGUCCAAGAUUCCAGUCGCGACGCGCCAGACGAUGCUCAAGUCCCUAUACGACCAUUUCGUCGUCCUGUAUGAUGCUGUGCUGCCCCAGGAGCCCUCUCUGGCCUCCGAACAUGCCUUGCGACAAGAAGAAGAAAUAUACAAUCGCGCAAGCAAGUCGACAUACCGUAAUGCCGUUAUCACGUCCAUCGCCUCUAUUAAAUCGCGUCCCCCACCGACAAAUAUCUCCCAUCCCUCUAUAGGCACUACGAAUGAUAUUGCAGCGCGCACUGCUGAGGCCCACGCACUCACUUCUCUCAACCUUACUUCUGCGCACCUCAUGCCUCUCAUUCUCAGCCGUGACCAAUUGCAAAAAUGGGGCUUUCUUGCUGAGAUACCUGAACCAUGGGGCCCAGGCGGCCAGAGUCCCAGUGCGGAAGGUUCGAGAGUGAAAUGCGAACGCUGUGCCGUGGCAUAUGUCGUUCAACCCCUGGCUGAAGGGAAGGCGAGUGCUGACGAAUGCACUUAUCACUGGGGAAAGGCGGUGACCCGCAACAUCAACGGUGAAAGAAUGAGAAUGUAUACCUGUUGCCAUCGACCUACGACUGAGGGCGGAGGAUGCACGCAGGGGCCUCAUGUUUUCUACGAGUCCGACCUGGCGUCUCUACACGCGCGGCAUCCAUUUUCUUCCCUGAAACCCUCCUCCUUCGAAGGCAAGAAGAAGGAGAGAGAUGUGGUGGCUCUAGAUUGCGAGAUGAUCUACACCACGGGUGGUUUCCGCGUCGCGCGCGUGUCGAUCGUCGACGCGCGCGGGCAGGAGAUAUUUGACGAGCUCGUGAAGAUGGAUGACGGUGUGGAAGUGGUCGACUUCAACACUCGCUUCUCCGGCAUCACGGCGACUCAAUACGCGGCCAAAGCGCGGCGUUCCCUCCGCGAAAUACGGUGUUCCCUUGAUGAGUUCUUGAGCCAAGAUACCAUCCUCCUUGGGCACGGGCUCGAGAACGACCUGCGCACGUUGCGUAUCAUGCACCAUCGCUGCGUUGACACCGCCAUUUUGUUUGAACAUCCGCGGGGAUUUCCAUUCCGCAAAGCUCUCCGUGAUCUCACGAAAGAACAUCUCGGCCGUACGAUUCAGACAGGCGGUGGGACGGCUGGCCAUUCCUCGAUUGAGGACUCGAUUGCGACGCUCGAUCUCGUCAAAUGGUUCGUAUACAACAAGGUCAGGCAACCGCCGCUCAGCGCAGCGACGCCUGCCACUGGCACAUCGAGCUCGAGAUCUAUCACGAUGGCUGUCGGAUCCUUCAGGCCAGCGUUAGAUAACGUGAGAGCUCCUCCUGCGAAGGAAGCAUUUCGGAUUUAGUGAAGCGCAUAUAUUCGGUUAUGGGGAUAGUUUUGAGGGAAAUUGGUGUACUCUACUAUACUAUCUGUAUAGCAUCCUUGUCUUUCUUGUUGUCGUUCUUCUGCAAUAUAUGAUACA